AUGCACUCUCCCGGUGGUUCGGCUCAAGCACAUCCAGUGUCCUCAAUGGGUUUUGUGGUACCAGUAAGUCAAGCAUCUGUCGCUGCACAACAAGCCUCGAUGCAGCUCCAGGUGCAUCAGACUUUGUUGAAACCACCAUCUUCUGGAAACAGACAACGUUCUUCCGGAACGGGCACCUCUGAGCGAGGUAAACGCAAGUCAAGGUCUAAGGUAGCAACGCCAACAAUGACAUCCAGCGCCAGCUCUUUUUUAGCCCCGACAAUCCCGUCAACCGCAUCCGUUACGUCUUGCAACACUCUAACAGUCAAUGGUGAUGCACCCAUCGCUGCGAUGCCCAUGCUAAACUCCAUCAACUGUAAUUCCUUGAUCGAGACAUCUGUAUCACCAUUGCCCAGCGUACUUUCACCCCUACCCACUCUGCCUGAAGAGAUUUUGCUAAAAAUCGAUCCAUCUCUAGGGGACCCUCCACCUCCACCCCAUGCAGACAUCACGGCUUCUAAGCCGUAUCAGUGUGAUCAGUGUUUGAAACGAUAUUCUGGCAUGAAAUCGUUGAAAAAUCAUAAGCUUACUCAUUCCGACAUAAAACCACACAAAUGUUCCGUCUGUGGCAAGGCGUUUUUGCGUGCCGACAAAAUGCGUCUACACGAGAUCUCUCAUCUGAAUGUGAAACCUUUCGAGUGUGCCACAUGCAAGCAACGAUUCACACGAUCAGACAAAUUGAAGAUUCACCAUCGCACUCACACCGGCGUCCGGCCAUAUGCUUGCACUUUUUGCCCCAAGCGGUUCACUCGAUCAGACAAACUGAAAAUCCAUGAACGCAUCCACACAAAGAUUAAACCUUACGAGUGCGUUCAUUGUGGUAAGUGUUUCGCGCGAUCCGACAAACGUCGAUUACACGAACGAACGCAUCUGUAUGGUCCUCGUCCUCGGGCAAUCACCGGCGGCAGUGGUAGAAAAUCCAAAUCCAAUCCCAUUGGAGCUGUUGCUUCCUCUGGGACUUCCGCGGUCGACAAAUCUUUCAUUCUGAACAGCACCACAUUCAGCUGUUCCGACUCUACUGCUUUGUCGACCUUAUCCACCAUCGCAGCUGCUGUUGGUUCCAAUGCACCCAAUGUGUUUUCGCCCGCCACUGCAUUCGGUUUAGCUUCCAUCGCUGGAUCUGCCGCAGCAACGUUCGUCAACCCUCUUGGUUUUCAACCUUCCAACUCGCUUACUAGUGUUUCCGUUGGAGAUACGUCACAAAAAGUAGAAGGCGUGGGUAGCUCUUCCACUGGAUCCGCCCCCUGUCUAACCGCAUCUUUUCCUUUUCCUAUUCCCUCUGGUCAACACCUUCAUUUUCCACCUCAGCAUCAUUCCACCUUUGCUUCACUUGCCGGAAUCGCUCAGUAUCAUCCUGCUCUUUUCGCUGCCCAACAACCGCGGCAUAUGGCCCCAUCGUCGACUUUGGCUGUGCAUGUUCCUUUUUAUCAACAACAGCAACAACACGAGCAAGCCGCUGUUAACCAGAAUACCUAUCAGGCAACGCAGAUGAUGCCUUUUUUCGUCGGGACCACAAAUUCGACUGCAUCUACUCUCACUCCAUUCAUUGGCCCUUCCACCAUGUCUUCGGUGGAACAGUGUACGACAGCGUCGUCUGCGAUCGGCCAACUUCCAUCCGGCACGGUGACAAGCAAUCACACUUAUCCGGCCGUCUCAGUAUCUCGGUCUAGCUCGGUGGCGAAUGAUUCCAUAGGUCCAGCAUCUGCCACCGGAAAUAUUGCUGCAGUUAUGGCCGCCGCCGCUCUCGGGCGUCAGCUCCACCAGAACCAACAGCAGCAAACUUACCAAACGGCUGCUGCUGUUAACACGUCACCCGCGGCCUCAGCAUUCUUGCAACCGCGUCCGCAGCAGCAGAAUCAGCAAUUGUUCAACCAGAAUCAAACCAUCAAACAGGAACUGCAACAUCCAAUCAAACAAGACCCACAGCAACCGCAGCAGGCUGCUUCGGUGAGGUCUGGAUUUCAGUUUUACCAAACACAGUUUAUGCCUAGCAUGGUCCCUUCUCAGUAUUCUCAGCAUCCGGCGGCGCAUCAUCCUCAACAGUCCUACAUGCAAGUCCAGCACCAUCACCAGCAACAACAACAGCAACAGUACUUGGCUGCUGCUGCCGCUCUCACCCUCACCUCUUCUGGAAGCGACACACAAUCACAGCAGCAACGUCCAUCUUCCACGGCGGACUCUGUCGGUUUACGACCCAAAGUGGAAUGA